UAUAACUAACCUUGAAAAUAAGCCUCCCUCGAAUACCUUUAUUGAUCUAUUGAAUAAACAAUCUACUUCUCCUACUACUAUUAUUAAUAAGACUAUAGAUCUGUUAGAAAGAUUUGCUUAUGAGUUAAAUGAAGAACAAAAAAGAGCUUAUUUUCUUGUAUGCAAUCAUCAUCAAAAAAACCAAUCUGCAUAUGAGUAUAAACUAUCACAAUUAUUACUUUAUCUUGCUAGUACUAGUGGAACUACAUCUACUGGUAUUGCUACUGCAAAUGUUUAUAGUAGUACUAUUCACUCUGAUUAUAGAUUUGGCUUCAGUGAAAAUAGUAAAAAACUAUCUAUUUUAUUAGAAGAAACUCUACGACAACUUCAAGAAUUAUAUGAUUUUAUACAAUUACCACCAGUAUUAGACCCAGUAUUAUAUAUACCAGAUAAAAUUACUCUUCUUUCUUCUUUAUAUACUAUUCAGCCUACCUCUAAUAUCCAAGAUUCAUUAAAAUCUAUAAAAAGAAAAUGUAAUAUUAAUUCUUUAUCUAUCAAUACCCAAUCAGUUACUAACACUACUAGAAGAAGUCUUUGGUUAAAUGCAAAACAUGUUAUUAAUUUGAAAAAACAAAUGCAUCAAUUAGAUGAUCCUUUCUAUGCUAAUAUUCUAAAAAGUAUGUAUGGGAGAAAUCUUACUGAAGAUCAAAAAUUAGCUCUAUGA